AUGGCUCCUAUGAAUCAAGACAACCCCCCUGGAAGUAUGCUCGACAAUGCCAUUGAGAGUACUAAGGGAGGAAUGGACCAUGUGCGCGCCCAGGUCGACGAAGCCACCAAGACUGAGGAACAGAAGGAAGCAGAGAAAACCAUCACAGAAAAGAUCGGAGAUGCGAUCCCCCACUCUGCGAAAGAAGCCGGAUCAAACCUUGGUGGUUUGAUUGAUUCGGGUGUGGAAAAAGUGAAACAUGCCAUCAGCGGCGACAAUGAAAAGAAGUAG